UUUUAAUUUGUGAAAAAAUUGCAAAUUUUAUUUUAAAAAAAUUUCAAACAUCAAUUAGAAAAUUUAUGGAUCUUCUUAAUUUCCACAUCCAAUUCCUCAACCAUAUUAGCAAAGUCUUUAUAUCCAGACAGCGAAAUUGUUUCUUUCUUAUUCAAAAACUUAAAGUCCGUGUGCUCAUCCGAGAGUGUUGGAUUCUUGUUCACAUCUCUAAGCUGUGCCAGCCAGUAAACAACAACUUUUGGCUUACCCUUGACAUGAUAAUUUAAAGUUUUACUCAAUUCUUUGUAAAUUAUCAAGUCAUUUUCAGUAUAUCCAGCUUCCUCACGAGUCUCACGCAGCGCUGUUUCGUAGUCUGAUUCACCUGGAUCGACCUGGAAUUGUUAAUUGAAUUAUUUAACUAGUUUUAGUCUAGAUUAAUAGAAAGAAACCGUCUUCAAGCAUUCAAAAUACAUAUUAAGCCAGUAAUGCUCAAACCAUGCUCUACGACACGAUUUUGUGGUAGUCAAAUAUUUUAGAAAUAUCUAGGAGAUGAAGUAUGCUGCCUUAGGCCAGUGAUGAUCAACCUAUGUGCCGUAGCGCAUUAGUGUGCCGCAAACAAAUUCAAGAAAUCUCAAAAACCGUAUGUCGUGUGUGGUUCUGGUCAAGGCUAACCACUAAGCUGUACCGUGCUCCAAUAAAGGUUGCCAACCACUGGCUUAGGCUAUUAAAAAUUAAACUUACAUGUCCUUUUGGCGGUGUCCAGUGAAAGCUUCCGUAACUAGCCUUCAUCAGCAGAUAUUGAAUUUCAUCAUGAAUCAGUCGGUAAAUUAGAAAUCCAGCUGCUCUUUUAGGUGCCAUUUUAGAUGAAUUGCUUUUAGUUUGCUUUUAAAUUCUUCAAUUUUUGAGAGCUUUGGCUUUAUUGAUUUCAAAUUUGCGAGGAAAAAUUAAUUGAAUAAUUUUCUAAGCGUACUUUGAAGGUUUAAGACUGAAAAUUGAGCAAUAAAUAAACUAAAUCUCAACAAUUUACUCAAUUCCAACCUCAAUAAAAUCCACAGUUAAUUGCUAAACCUUUAAAAAAAUUCUCAAAACUAAUCCAAUUUGUGAAACUUCUCUUCUUUCAGUUUGUUAUUGUUUUUAUGUUUUGAUCUUCCGGUAAAGUUCAAAAAAAUAUUUCUCAAAAGCGUCGUACCCCCGUUCAGAUUGACCUCAAUCCAAUCAUAUGUUUCUGAAAUAUUUGUAAACAAAACAGAAACCAUAUGAGUGGAAAUAGAAGAUUUGGACACAUUUUUAGUAGUUUUUGCUGUAGAUAGCAACUCAUAGUCGAACUGGAUCAACAUCCAAUAAAAACACUUAAAAAAUCAACCUACAAAGCAGAACAGCCCAAAAAUCCAUCAAAAUCUUUAAAGUAAACAUCAAAUUAACCACCCAACCAUGGACAUCCUCUCCGACCCCCUCAAACUAGAACCAAAAAUCGAAGAAUCCAUCAGCAUCAUCACCUUCCCCACAACAUCACCACCAAGAUCACCAAAUCCAACACACACAUCCUCCAAAAGACAACCAAUCCCACAACAAAUCGAACCAUCACCAAUAGCAAUUUUCAAGUGCUCAACAUGCACACAAACAUUCGAAUUCAAAUCACAACAAAUAAUCCAUGAGAUGAGCCACAAAGUCAAGUCAACAUGUCAGGUCUGCUCAAAGAAAAUCUACAAAGGGAAUAUGAAGGAACACAUGAAGAUCCAUUUAAGGAAUAAAAGCUACAUUUGCAAUUUCUGUAAUGAAAAGUUUGCUACCAAGUUCCUCAUGAUAUUCCAUUUAAGAUCACAGCACAUAAAAUCUAAGGCUUAUUACUGCAAUGACUGUGGACGUGGAUUUAAUGACAGUCGACAUUAUAAGAACCAUUUAGUGACUCAUAUUGACAGUCAGCCAUUCAAAUGUGAUUUAUGUCCAAAAGGAUAUAAAAGGAAGCAACUGCUGGAAUUCCACUUGAUUGGUGCUCAUCAAACUGAAAGGAAGCUGCAAUGCACAAUUUGUGAUUUUGAGACAAUUAACUUACAGGAGCUGAAGAAGCAUCGUAAUUUUCAUUUAAAGAAUUUCCAAUGUGAAGUGUGUCAAAAAGAGUUUAAGGAACGAAGGUACUUGGCAUUGCAUCAUGAAGCCGUCCAUGUUAAAGAAAGAAAUUAUCAAUGCUUAAUAUGUGAAAAGGACUUCUUUGCUGUACAGUAUGUAAAGAGGCACUUGAAGAGGGUUCAUGAUGGCGAUUUGACUAAGUUUAGAUGUCUUGCACCAGAAAAGAUGCUCGAGAAGAAGAUUGCCGAGAAUCGUGUACCAGAACAAGAAAUUGUGAGAAAAAGUAUGAAAAAUAUUCCAUUAAAAAUUCCGAAGAAGAAUAAGAAGCCUGCUAAAGCUCCGAAAGUCAUGAAAGAGGACCGAAUUGAAAUUCUUAGUCGUUCUGCUCUUGAGACAGAAGUUGAGGAUCAAAUGAGUAUUGAUCAGGCUCAAUAUAGUGAAUCAGACAGAAAUCAAGUUGAUCAAGAGCACACAAUAUCCGAUUCCAAUGGAUUAACAGGAAUUAAAAUCAAAUCUGAAUAUAGUAUAAAGCCUGAAAUAUUUGACAGCUCAGACUUGUUAGUAGAAAUUAAGAAAGAGUAUGAAGAUCCGGAUGAAAAUAGUCAUGACAACCUUCAAUAUCCAUCAAACUAUCCUGAAACUCAGUUUAUCAAGCAAGAGAACCAGCAACAACCCACACAAUAUAAAAUAGCUCCAUACCAACCAAGAAUGUCAUUCUCAAGCAUCCGAUAUAUGGAAAAUCAAAUCUUUACAUGCCCGACAUGCUCAAAUACAUUCCCAAAUCGAUCAUCAUUACUCCUUCAUGAACCAAAGUGUAAAAUGAGGAACAAGGAUGAAGACAAUCUUAAUUGUGAAUUUUGUGAUAAGAAAUUUAGUGAUCAAUUCACACUGGAAGUCCAUGUAAAUGUUCGUCAUGUGAAUGUUAAGAUCCACAAAUGCAGGGAAUGCGACUUCGAGACACAUCAAUAUUUUGAAUUUAGAAAUCACAGAAUGACUCAUAUGGACUUGGUAAAGUGCGAGAAAUGCUCGAAAGAAUUCCCAACUGAGAGGCUGAUGCUUGAACAUGCUAAAGAUGCUCACAUUGGACCAAGUGAAUUUAAAUGUGGAACUUGUGCGGUUGGGUUUCGGUCGAGUGUGUUUUUGCAGAGGCACAUGAAGACUGCUCAUUCUGUGUCGAAAUUUGACUGUAAAUAUUGUGAAAAGUCAUUUGAGACUAGAAAUGAACUGAAUCAACAUGUGGGCAGUUUAUGGAAAAUUAAGAAAUGUUCGAGUUUUAUCAAACCUGAGGUGACGUCAGAAAAUUGAAAGUUUCAUUGUUGUUGAUUUUUAGGCAAUAAAAUAUUGAA